AUGGCGCCCCUCGACGACGUCCAGAUCGGGGAUCUGGUGAACGUCCCCGGGGGUAUGCACGGCACCGUGAAAUACCUGGGUGGCGUGGCCGGGAAACCAGGCAAAUUUGCGGGCAUUGAACUGGCUGCGGAACAUGCCAGGAGGGGAAAGAACAGUGGCGAUGUUGAAGGCAAGAAGUACUUCAACACCUCCGUGCCAGGUUCCGGAAUCUUCGUGCCCAUGAACAACAACAAAUACGUCACGAAGCGAUCUUCCGGUCCGGCCUCCGUCACCGUCAACCCCCCGACGCCGUCUCGGCCCGUGAACUUCAGCAAAUCCGUCGGCCCCAGCUCGUCGGUGCGACCCCCGCGUAUGAGACGGCCCUCGCUGCCACGCCCCGAAUCCCCUCGUGGCCCUCCGCCCUCUAAGCUCACUCUGGCCGGCCUCCGCACCCCCUCCGCCGCCUCGAGAACCGGGCCCAGUCCCAACGGCUACCCGCGCAGUCCCGUCAAGCCGCCGUCCCGUGCCUCCGACCGUCCUCCCUCUCGCCUGAGUGCCGACGAUGAGGUGUCGUCUACGCGGACCUCUGACUUCCAUCGCAACAAUGUGAUGGUGGCGGAGAUGCAGGAGUUGCGGGACCAGGUGAAGAGCUUGGAGAAGCAACUGCUGGACCGUGAUAAGCAGCUGGACGAACAAACCCAUACGCUUGCUGACUUUCAGCGGACGUUGGAGGAACUGGAGGGAUCCGAUGCGCUAUCCAUCCGGGCUCAGCUGCGCGAGAAGAACGAGAGAAUUGCCCAGUUGACGGCGGAGUUUGACUUGCACCGGGCCGAUUUCCGAAGUACCUUGGACACGCUGGAAGUGGCUGCGUCGGAGACCGAACGUGUCUACGAACAGCGCCUGGAUGAACUACUGCAAGCGAACAAGGAGCUACAGGAUCGGGGCGAGGAUGUGGAGGAGGUCGCCCGCCAGCUCAAGCAACUGGAGGAGUUAGUCUCGGAAUUGGAGGAAGGUCUGGAGGAUGCUCGGCGCGGCGAGGCUGAAGCCCGCGCGGAAGUCGAAUUCCUGCGAGGAGAGGUGGAAAGGACGAAACUGGAGUUGAAAAAGGAGCGCGACAACUCCAGCGCCACGCUGCAGGAGGCCCACGACGGCCAGCAGCACUCCCGGGAAUUAGACCAGAAGGACGAUGAAAUCCGCGGGCUCAAAGCGAUCAUCCAUUCCCUGAGCCGAGGCGACCCUAGUUUGCCUGCACUCCAGAAUGGCUACGCAACGAACGGCGGCCCGGAGCACGAUCCAGAUCACGUCUCUGACCUGGAACAACGCGUGCAAGAAUUUGAGCAGAUCACGGAGCGGAAGACCAUCCGUAUUGAAGAGCUCGAGCGUGAGCUUCAGCAGUUGCAGCUCAACGGCACCGGUCGGGCUCGCAGUUCAACCGUCACGGCCGCACCUACCCAGCAUAAACCGUCGAGCUCGACGGGGAAGAUCGGAGGUGCCAAUACGAUCAACCAUGCGCACCGGCUGUCAGAUCGCACCGUGGUACCAAGCGACUGGCAUGACCAGCCUCAGCACGAGGAACAGCAGUACCAGGCCUACCCCGGCCCUCUUCGCCGGCCGUCGGACUCGUCCCGCCAUCGCCUAGAGACCAUGCACGAGUCCGAUGGUCGCUCUGAUGACGGCGGUUCGUUGUGGUGCGAGAUCUGCGAAACCGGCGGUCACGACAUCCUCACCUGCACGAACAUGUUCGGCGCCGACAACAAGAGCAAAGCCCCUUCCUCUAAGGAGGAGGAGUCCCACAACGAGGUGUCUGCCGACGAGAAACCCACCCCUAGCACCUCCACGGAUAUAGACACUGCCUCCUCGAGCAACGAAGAGACUGCCGCACCUCAGAAAACCGGGCGGGACGUGGUCAUGCAGGGGCUGAAGGGAGUGGGAGGUUUGCCACCUUCCUCCUCCAUGGACGCAGUCGCCGGCAAGUCCAGCGGGGUCGUGGAUGACUCGAAGUGGUGUGCUCUCUGCGAGAAGGAUGGUCACGAAAGCAUCGAUUGCCCGUUUGAUGAUUGA